AUGGUUUCUACCUUUGAGCGCCUCGUCCGGUUCGAGGACGAAGCCGGUCAGUCUAGAUACGGCGAGCCCAUCAUCUCUUCGGUCCAUGACCUUGAUGAAGUCGUCUCUCAAGGAACUAUGGAGGCCACGGUCUGGGAAGGCAGCAAUCUCUUUAGCUUGGCACCCACCACUCAAGUUGUCAAGGUGAAGAAGUUGUUGCCCCUUUUGACUGCCGAGGAUGUCCCCAUUGUCAAGUGUGUGGGUCUCAACUACAUCAAGCACAUCCAGGAAGGCGGCCGCAAGCCACCACCAUAUCCCUCCAUCUUCAUCAAGCCCCGCACCUCAGUGGCAGGCUUCAACGAAGACAUCCCCAUCCCCAAGCUUGCCCAAGAUGACCAACUCGACUACGAAGGCGAGCUGUGCAUCGUGAUGGGCAAGACGGGCAAGGACAUUCCCAAGAGCGAGGCGCUUGGGCACAUUGCCGGCUUCGUGUGUUCCAACGACGUCUCGGCCCGCAAGUGGCAGCGCGACCCCAACUUUGCUGGCGGCGUGCCGCAGUGGUGCUUCAGCAAGGGCUUUGACAAGUUUGCGCCUCUGGGACCGGUGCUCGUGUCGCCUAAGGUGGUUGGCAAUGCGGGCAGCUUGAGGCUGCAGACUUUUGUCAACGGGGAGCUGCGCCAGGAUACCAACACCAGCGACUUGCUUUUCAACACCGAGGACAUUGUUGCGUUUGUCAGUCAGGGAACGACGCUGGAGGCGGGAACGGUCAUCAUGACUGGUACGCCCGCUGGAGUUGCGAUGGGUAUGAAGGAGCCCAAGUGGUUGAAGGAUGGGGAUGUUGUUGAGGUUAGGAUUGAGCAGUUGGGAAGUGUCAAGAACCGCAUGUCCUUUCUGUAG